AUGAACAUUCUAUUUUGUAAUAAAUUAUUAAGCCUAGAUGGCAAAUGCCCUUCCUUUUUAUCCGGGAUAACGCCGUUCGCGAAACUUUCCAACCAAACGGCAAGCCUAAAGAAAUGUGUAAUAAUUUCGUGGGAAACCCACCUCCAGUCUCCGGGUUUUUUCAAGGCGCUUCCGCACGAAAACGACGUUCUUUUCAACCAAAAAAAAACAACAACAACGUUUCUUAAGGCAUCUCUUUCUCCUCUUUCUUCCUUCUGGGCAACGAUUUUCUCCUUCUCCUCCUCCGUUUGGACACAAUGCUGCCCUCUUGGAUCCGUUAACCCUAGGGAUCCCGGUUUCCAGAUUCGAUUCCGGCGAGCGUUUUUGCUUCAUGUGUGGAGCGAUUCUAGGGCUAGAGGACGGGAGGUAGCGCGCGACAAUGGGGUCCAGAGGAGCGGCGGCGGCGGCGGCGGCUUCCCCCUCCUCGUCGGAAGGCGCCGACCCGUUGAUCUCAGUAUGAGAGGUUUCUGGUCAUCGAGUGAUUUGUUAAUGCACGUGAAUGAUGAGAUGGAACAGAGUCACGCUGGCAGGCCGCGGAUUAAGGAUCGUAAUCUGAAUUUCAAAUUCUUAAGCUGCUAUUUGAUGUGGUUAUUUAUGUACAUAUCUUGCGUGCUUCUGGACUUUGAUGAAGAAAUGCUGUUUGGAAAUACUGAUAUUUAAGAGUUUGGAAAUAAAUGAGCGGGGUAGCUCUCUGUUGCCUCCCUUUUCCCUUCAAAAAAAAAAAAAGAGUUUGAUUUGGCAUGGCCGCCAGAUUAGGUGGGGAAUAAUUUGAUUUUAUUUUGUUUGGUCUCUUUUUUGAAAACAAUUAAAGAAACUAUGGUAAGGUUGCUCGGUGUACCUUUUCAAAAAUUUUGCAUUAAAGUCCAUCGCC